AUGGGUAGCUGGGAGCGGCUGGAGCGGACAGAGCGCGAGCGGAUGCGCAUCUUGAAUCUGCCGCUGCUCGCGGCGGUCGUUGCGCUGGCAAUGCAGCUGCCAGACUUGGCAAGCACGCAGUCCAACGAUUGCCACACGGCUCCACUGCUCAAUAUCAGUGCUGCUGCUACGUUUUACACGACGCCAUCCGUCACCUACCCGUGCGUGGAUGACGAUCGUCAAAGCUGCAUGGUUUGGAGAAUCAGGAGCGCCACUUCGCUGCACUUCAUUGUCACAUCGUGUGGAUUCCUGGCUGAUUCGUCGUUUGCGAUUCGAACCGAUUGCAACAAUGGACGCUUUGGGGACUCGACACCGCUCGUGUUCAAUGACAAUCUCGGGGCUACCUGCGCACAUUCAUACACUGCAAGCGAAGCCGAAGCCGACAUUAUUGCCGACACGGACUACUACCUGAGUCUUGGUGGAGUUUCGCUGCCAGCAACGGGAGGCUUUGGAAGGCCCUAUAACUGUGAAGCCGGAUCGACAGACCACGACGGGUCGGACCUUGUUACUCACUAUUCCACGCCUUGCGUGCCUUGCUCGCCUGGUCAGUACGUUCCCGCUGCGUCGAUUGGAGGUUGCUCAGGUUUCGUUUGCAGCAUCGGCACAGUCGAUCACGAUAGCGACCCAUCAACGCCCUGCCUCGUUGCCGGUCCUGGCAACGACACGACCACUGCUGGGUUGUUUGGUCCCAUGGCCAACUUUAAAGUCGUUGCUGGUUCAUACGACCACGACAGCAACCCAUCGACGGCCUCAAUCGCCUGUCCCGCCGGCAACUAUGCACCCGCGGGCAGCACGACCUGCACCCCUUGCGCUGCUGGCACCUGGGAUCACGAUGGCACAUCGGCAACCGCGUGCACGAAUUGCACCGAAUGCGCUCUCGGCUCCACCUACGCAUCUGGUGCCUGCACUGCCACCACCGAUAGAGUGUGUUCUCCGUGCAUCACAUGCACUCACGGGCACUACCCAAACGCCGAAUGCACUUUGACAUCCACCGCCACAACGUGUGUGCCAUGCACUUCCAUCACCAAUUGCACAAUCACCGGCCUGACCUGCUCGUCCAGCUCGAACCACCAAUGCAGCCAGUGUCAGAGCGGAAGUUACGUGACUGCACAGGGAACGUGCGAGUUGUGUUCCGCCUGUGGCUCGGGCACCUACGAGACAAGGGCGUGUGACGGCAUAGCCAAUCGCCUUUGCACCACUCCCGCUGACGCGUCUCCCGUGGCGGCAAUCGCUGUUGCUGUGGGUUCCGUUCUGGGCGUCGGUUUGAUUGCGCUCGCCAUCUUUCUGGUACGACAACGUCGUCGUCGAUUGCAACAAUGUUCCGUUGCGCGAUCGAGGGACUUUACCGGGCCCAUUCAGCACGAGACGAUCGUCAUGAGCAUUUCUCCUCUUGCCAAGUCGAACUUGCACUCAACCAAGGAAAGCAAUGCACAGCAUGAGCUUGUACAAUCAACUCAGAACACAGAAGACGCUUCGUACGACCUCUUGCAGCAAGUCCCAGAGCAUGAGAGCACAGAAAGCGAGAGUCACUAUGCGGCUCCAGUGACACGUCCGGAGCGUCAGAACGCGGAAGGCGCUUUGCGGUACGAAAUGCCAGAAAAGUCUCCAAAUCACGAAGACCUGCAAGGACCUGCGCAGUAUGCCGUCCCCGAGACAAACCCUGAUCGUCCAAGCUCAGCAAACACUUCAAGAUAUGAAAUGCCCGAGCGCACAAGUCCAGAAGGCGUUUCGCGGUACGAAAUGCCCGAGCGCCAGGGCACAGAAGGUGCUUCUCGGUACGAGAUGCCAGAAAAGACCCCCACCGGCGGCCAACACAAGGAAGCCCAUGUCCAUUACGAAGAGAUGCAGAACGCGCAUGUGCGUGAGAACAAAGCCGACAUUCCAAGUUAUGAAGUGCCAGAAAAGCCCACGUCGGAACCUCUGUACCACGCCGUCUCGUCGACCUCCCCAGACGACAUCUACGACAAUGAAAUCGUCUACAUGACAGGCAGCAACUCUCAUCGCAUUCGUGAAGGUCUGGCGAUUGUCAAGCAUUUGGCUAGCGGCAACUUUGGUGAUGUGUCGUUGGGCGAAGUGCCGUUCGCCGUUCUGCCGCCCCGCGCCCAAGGCCUGCUUGGAUCUACAUCCUCUGAAAAGGUGCAAGUUGCAGUCAAGUCUCUCAAGUCCAACGCAGACGAGAAAUCCCGCAAGGACUUUGAAAGCGAGGCGAGACUCAUGGCGCCGUUUGUGCAUCCGAAUGUUGUGCACCUGCUGGCGGCUCUCGUCGAGUCGGAGCCUCAUCUCGUAUUGAUUGAGUUUGUGCGAUACGGAGAUUUGCGAUCAUUGCUGGAAACAUCGAAAAACAAGUCGCUCUGGUGGACACAAAACGAGCAGGUUCAUGCCGUGCGUCAGAUUGCACUGGGCAUGGAAUAUCUUGGCACGCUCCACUUUGUGCACCGUGAUCUUGCCGCACGCAACUGCCUUGUGGGGCAAAACAUGGUCGUGAAGAUUGCCGACUUUGGUCUUUCUCGCGAGCUGGCGGAUGAGAGCGAUUACUAUCGCAUGCAAACGCGUGGCAAGGUUCCUGCAAAGUGGAUGGCACCGGAAGCACUCGCUCGCCGGAAGUUUUCUUCAAUGUCUGAUGUCUGGUCGUUCGGUGUGACUGCCUGGGAAUGCUGCAGUUACGGCGACAAGCCAUACGGCACGAUCGACGCGCGCGAUAUUUGGGCUCAUGUCGAAGCCGGUGGUCGACUGCCCAUGCCCGAAAGUUGCUCGCUUGAUUUCUACAACUUGAUGCUGAGUUGCUGGCACAUGUCUCCCGAGCAGCGCCCAAGCUUUUCUCAGCUCGUCGCAACGUUGACAGCGCUUCAGGAUGACACGACCAUUCGCGACAUUGGCGCCAUGGUGUGAACGCAGCCCGCCCCUCGUUCUCCCGAGUCCCAGUAUGGGCCACUUUGCAUGAUGAUGAAGAUGGUUGCAGUUUGCAGCUGCCCUUGCUCGAGUUGAUCAAUGGGAAAUGGUUGAAAGUGUGGAAUUCAGCAUUUUUGGCUUUUCAAUACAAACUUUCGACGA